AUGGCCGACUCAAACUUCAAACCGGGAUACGACACGUGCGACGAAGUAACUCCCCAAUGUCCAGUCGAAGCUACUCUGUAUGGCGACUACUUCACUAAGGGUCCCAUAAUCUUCUUCGCCGUGGCAUUCGGCUUGCUCUUACUUUACCAGAUCUGGUUCACCUUCAAGUCUCGGGCCUGGGGGUUUUCUAUAUGGCUCAUUCUUGGAACCGUCUUCGAGAUGGUGGGUUACUCCUCUCGGAUGGAGAUGGUCGACAAUCCUUGGAAGAAGGAUCCAUUCCAGAAGCAACUGCUGCUGCUCAUCUUAGCGCCGACCCUAAUCGCUGCUUCCAUCGCCGUUACCUUCAAACACCUUGUGCUCUACUACGGCCCGGAUUUGUCCGUCUUGAGACCACGGUGGUACCCUUUCGUGUUCGUAGGGACAGAUAUAAUCGCCAUCAUUAUACAGGGCGCUGGUGCCGCGUUUCUUGUUGGAGGUGUGAGCUUUCAGCUCGUGAAUAUGCUAGGAUGCGGCUUACUCAUGGUCAUCUUCUGGAAGCGCUACCAGCUUUUGAAACAUGACGGCAAAAAGACUGAACGCAGAGAUGUGCUUAUCCAAGAUGGCCAAGUGGAUAGCACUGAAUAUCGAAACCUUCGCUGGUUUGUAUGGGCGAUUUUUGCCGCAUACAUCCUGAUCAUAAUUCGCUGCAUCUAUCGGGUUCCGGAGAUGGCCUUGGGAUGGGGCAGUUCUUUGAUGCAGAAUGAGGCCUUAUUCUAUAUCCUGGACGGCGUCAUGAUCCUUCUCGCUGUCACAAUAAUUUGCGCAUUUCAUCCAGCUCGAUUCUUUCCCCGAUUGGGUAGAGCCAAGGACAUGGCAGCCCCGACUCCUGCGCAAAUCAGAAGUCAUGUCGGAAGAAGCGAGUACCAGGGCAGUCAGAUUGCACUGCGGCAGGUCGUCACGACCGUGUAA